AAGUAAGGACUGUUCCAUCCACGAGUGUGCAUGGGUCAUUAUGAUUGCGCACCAUGUGAACCUAUUGUUGACAAAGGCUCAAAACAGCCACCCGUAAAUAUUUUCGCAAAGGUUUCCCGCAACAGGAAGAGCAGAAAGUGUUUUGGCCAAAAUAAGGUGGAAGGUGCCUGAAUCUCCCAACUCAACCAGUCCGGCCACAUUGAGCCGGGAAACCGACACUCGAGCGGGCGUGGCGCCAGAUGGAAAUCACAGUCGUCACACGCCCUCAUUCUUCACUUUGUCGACGGGCUUCGGGAAGAGCGACAUCCUCAAGGGCCGCGUGGAUGCCAGAGACGACCCCGUCAAAUUAAGAUGUCCUUAUACAGUAGUCUGCUGUCGAGUGAGCAGUUCCAGUGCUCCAUCUGCUUGGACAUCUUCAAUAACCCGUCCUCCACGCCGUGCGGCCACAGCUUCUGCGUCGCCUGCAUCAACCGGUUCUGGGACGGAGCCAAAGUGUGCCAAUGUCCUCUGUGCAAAAAGACCUUUCAGAAGCGUCCGGACCUCCAGAUAAACCGGACCCUGCGCGAGAUCACCGAGCAGUUCAGGUCCAUGUCUGGCAGUGGGACAGGGGAAGGAAGCCUCGCCAGGGAGAAGAAGGCAGUAAAGGGGCGAGAGUGCGCCAUGCCGAAUGCUUUGUUGGAUGAACUGACCAGGAAGCUGCCGCGACCUCACGCCAGUGCGACAGCGACCAGCGAGGAGCAAGGUGGCGAACACAUCACGGGGACCCCGGUGGCCGCGGCUUCCAUGGCGUCUUCGGUCCCCGAACAAAGUCCCCUCUCUGCGGCGACCGGCGACGGCGGACCCCCUCGAGCUCUCGCCCGCUCGUCCGUGGCAUCCGGCCGAAGAAGGUUCACCGUGAGCGGGGCGGCGAGCAGCCAGAACCUUCCUCUCUGCGACGUUCACCACAGGGGGAUCACGAUUUUCUGUCGCACCGACGGGGAGUGCAUCUGUCCCGACUGCGAGGCCGAGGCGCAUUUUGAUCACGACACAGUGACGGCGGAAGCUGCGUGGACCGAGAAGCAGGCCCAGCUCAAGGAGACAGAGCAGCAGACCCGGGAGAUGAUCCAACAAAGACUCCUGAAGAUCGAAGAGAUCCGAACCUCACUAUCCGAACUGGAGCUGGUGGUGGAGCGGGCGACGACGGGCAGCGUGUGCAUGUUCUCGGCGCUGAUGGCGGCCCUCGAGCGAGCGCAGGCGGAGCUCAUCGACGCCAUGGAGGCCAACAGGCGCGCGGUGGAGAUCCAAGCGGACGCCAUGAUACGGCAGCUGGAGCUGGAGGUGGAAGAACUGCGACGGCGGGAGAGCGUUCUCGCGCAACUCUCCGCCUCGGACGACCACCUGCAUGGCAUCAAGAAUUCGGCCACCAUCUCCACUCCUCUGCCCGCCAAAGACUGGUCGGGUGUUUCUGUGACCUACGACCUGGGGAUCAGCGCCAUCUACAGGUCGCUGGCAGGUGAGGUGGAGAAGUUCCAGGAGCAGCUGAGGGGCAUCACAGAGACGGGUUUCACUGCCUCAUCGCCGGAGACCAGUCUGGCACGUCCACAGCCGAGGAUGAGAAGAGUGCAGGAGUACGCAGCGGACGUCACCCUGGACUGCAACACGGCCCAUCCCAGACUGGUCCUGACCGACGACAUGAAGAGCGUGCGUUGCAGCGACCGGCACCAGCUGCUUCCGGACAACACGGAGCGCUUCGACCGGGUGGUGUGCGUCUUGGGCAGGGAGGCCAUCUCCUCCGGACGACACUAUUGGGAGGUGCAAGUGGGCGGGAAGACGGACUGGGAUCUGGGUGUCGCCAAACAAUCCAUCAACAGGAAGGGCAAGAUUGAGGUGACGCCAAAUAAUGGAUACUGGUUCCUCAGCUUGAGAGACAAGAACAAGUACGCCUUUCGCACCGAGCCCUCCACCGACGUCCACCUCAACCUCCGACCCAACAAGAUCGGAAUAUUUGUGGACUUUGACCGAGGACAGGUCUCCUUCUACAACGUCGAUGCUAAAAUCCACAUCUACACGUUCAACGACACGUUCACAGAGUGCAUCUUCCCGUUCUUCAGCCCCUGCACCAACAAAUCCGGAAAGAACGACGGGCCGCUCGUCAUCACGACAGUCGACACGUCGGAAUGAGCCAACCCAACGCGUGUAAUUCGGUCGCCGUCACACUUGAUUGACCUUCAUUCUUCCGCUGCUUUCUUGCUGGAUUUCUUAGAUCGAUUAAAACGCUGUCUUAUUGUG